GCUGGAGAGAUUAUUUCUAAGCCCUUCCCCCUUGCCUCUCCCCUCCUCUUCCAGGGCCACAUUGGCAGUCCCGGGGGAAACAGAGGAGAGACAAGGAGAGGGCAGGAUCCACCAGCUCUCACUCAGCACAUUUCACCAGGAAGCCCCAGGAGAGGAGCUGCCCCUCAGGACACCGCCUCCCUUGCAGAGGAUCUAUCAGUACAACAUAUGUUGCACGAACACACACGGCUGUUCUCCCCUUCCAGGAAAGCAAGAAAACAAGAGGAAGAGCAAAGAGACUGCCAUCUCCAGAGUGCUCUGGUGAUUUUUUACAUGCAAACAAUACUGUAAAACAUCCCCAGGUGUUUGUGCCGGACGGUGCCUCAGGGAGCAGCCGAGCAGUGGGCGGGAUGUGCUCUUCACCUGCGGGGCAGGCGGGCACCCGGCAGCAGCACCCGGAGCGCUGAUACCCCUGCUCUGAUGCCAUUUCGGAUGUCCCGGUGAGAACUCUUAGAGAUGCCUAUUCUCUCCAGAGGCAGUGACCAAGACUAUAGUAACAUUAGCUACAACUCCUGUAAUUCCUUGAGCCACUUCAUUCCUAUCUAUGUGGAAACACCUUCUGUCAAAGGGGUCCAUUACCAGAGAGCCAGGAGGAUUUACCACCCUGACCAAGUCUCUGCGGCUGAUCUAAAGACAGAGAUCAUGAUAAAUGUGGGAGGCAUGAAGUACCUGCUGCCUUGGAGUACUUUAGAUGACUUCCCUCUGACCAGACUGAGCAAACUAAAGCUUUGCAGCAGCUAUGAAGAAAUAAUUCAGCUGUGCGACGAUUACGACGAAGACACCCAUGAGUUCUUCUUUGACAGGAACCCCAAUGCUUUUGGGAUGAUUGUCAGCUUCCUAGCAGCAGGGAAGCUGAUGCUCUUAAGAGACAUGUGUGCCUUGUCUUUUCAGGAGGAGCUGAGAUACUGGGGGAUUGAGGAAUCCAACCUGGAGAACUGCUGCUUUCGGAAACUGUUUCAGAAGCUGCAGGAGUUGGCCGAGAUCCGCAAGGAAGAGGAGCUUCGGAGGAGCAAAGAGGCUACGUGUGUCUUGGAUGAGAAAACCAGAUUUGGACAGUUUAUGAACAGACUCAGAGAUAUGGUAGAAAAUCCCCAGUCAGGACUCCCAGGCAAAGUCUUUGCUUGUCUCUCCAUUCUCUUUGUGGCCACCACAGCUGUAAGCCUUUGUGUCAGCACAAUGCCGGACUUAAGAGCUGAAGAAGACAGGGGUGAGUGUUCCCAGAAGUGCUAUUACAUCUUUGUCAUAGAGACCAUCUGCGUGGCUUGGUUUUCCCUGGAGUUCCUCCUGCGUUUCAUCCAGGCAAGGAGCAAGUGUCAGUUCUUCAAAGGACCCCUGAACAUAAUUGACUUCUUGGCUAUUUCCCCCUACUACGCUUCCCUCAUCUUCUCAGAGGACGACUCCAACGAGGAGGACGACAGGCCAAGCAGCAGCAGCAACACAUACCUGGAGAAGGUUGGUUUGGUGCUACGGGUUCUACGUGCCUUGAGGAUCUUGUACGUCAUGCGCCUUGCCCGGCACUCCCUGGGCCUGCAGACCUUGGGCCUCACAGUUCGGAAGUGCACACGGGAAUUCGGGCUGCUCUUGCUCUUCCUGUGCGUGGCUGUCACUCUAUUCUCUCCUUUGGUUUACCUGGCUGAGAACGAAUCCGGGAGGGUGCUGGAGUUCACCAGCAUUCCCGCCUCUUACUGGUGGGCCAUCAUCUCCAUGACCACUGUGGGCUACGGAGACAUGGUCCCACGGAGCGUCCCGGGGCAGAUGGUGGCUCUCAGCAGCAUCCUCAGCGGGAUCCUCAUCAUGUCCUUUCCUGCAACAUCAAUAUUCCACACGUUCUCCCACUCCUACUCAGAGCUGAGGAAGGAACACGAACGGUUGCAGUCUCAGCUGAACAGAGCGAAGAACGCCAACCACGCCGGUGAGAGCGACACCUUCAACGAGACAGACAGCCUGAUCCUGGAGGAGCAGGCAUCUCCCAUCAAAUACAUCUACACAGGGAACUGAGCCUGGCUCUAAAGCAUUCCCAGACACAAAUCAACAAAACACACAAAGCAAAGCAUCAGCAUAGGUGACAGCACUAUCAUUUUUUCUGGCAUAGGUAUAAGCAGCAGUCAGCCCAACACAGCCAGCUCCAACAAAUCCCCACGGAGCUGGAGGUUGGGAGAAGGUCAAAAGUCAGUUUAUUCAAUAAUAAAUACUCCUUUCUCUGUGACUAACAAGAAUGAACUUUGUCUCUACCAUCAUGUAUCUUGCUGAAUACCUAAUAACAAACCAGCUUCUGUUGGCACAAACACACUCAUUAUUUUAUUUGCCUUCGAGUUUCCAAUGUUCUUGCAAUUAAUAUCUUGAGCCAAGCAUUAGAACGCAUCCUUUGAGGGCUGGUGUUGUUAUACAAAGUUCAUCCACCAGGCAUACAGAUAAAAUCUCAAUUCUGUAUCUAAAGCCAGUAAUAUGCUUAAAAUAAAAUGACCGUAUGUGAAAGCUUUCAAAAUUUGCCUGUAGCCAGAUGAUCAAUCUCUAACUAACAAACUGCACUGCUAUUGUAUAAAACAGUGUUUGCAAGAGCAUUUGCUUGAAAUGCAGCCACAGUCUGCAGACUGUAAAAGUAUCAUACUAGACAGCAAAAGUCUUCAAAUUUCUUUUUCACGUAUUUAUUUAAAAUAAUAAUGAGGAAUAAAAAAGCCCAGGCUUAUU